AUGGCUCCGUAUGAGGCUUUGUAUGGACGGAAGUGGCAGUCUCCUCUGUGUUGGUAUGAAGCCAGUGAAGCAAGUGUGUUAGGGACAGAUCUGGUAGCCGAGACAACUGAGAAGAUUAAACAGAUUAGAGUUGGAAUCUUGACUGCACAAAGCCGACAGAAAAGUUAUGCAGAUCAGAGAAGGAAACCGUUGGAAUUUGAAGUGGGCGAGCAUAUAUUUCUAAGGGUUACUUCGACAACUGGGAUUGGAAGCGUGAUUAAAACUAAAAAGUUGAAUUCGAGGUACAUUGGGCCUUUUGAGGUCUUGAGGCAAGUCAGGCCGGUGGCUUAUCAAGUAGCUUUGCAGCCAUAUUUGUCUAACUUUCAUGACGUAUUUCACGUGUCCCAACUCCGUAAGUACACGUCCGAUGCGGCUCAUGUGUUAGAUCCCGAGUCGGAGAACUUGACAUUUCAUGUAACACCAUUGCGGAUUGACGACACUAGUGUGAAGAAACUGUGA